AGUUACAAACAUGUUUUUUUUCAGUUUGACAUAGGCAUCCCGUCUAUGACCAAAUGCUGUAACAAACAUGACCGCUGCUACGACACCUGCGGCCUUGAGAAGCACGACUGCGACGAGCAGUUCCAAGACUGUCUGGAGACCAUCUGCAGGAAUGUGCAAAGGACUCUGGGAUUGGCUCAGAGUGUCCAAGCCUGUGAGUCAGCGGUGACUCUGCUGUUUGACGCUGUUAUGCACCUGGGAUGUAAGCCAUACCUGGACAGCCAGAGGGACUCCUGUGUGUGUCAGUACGAAGUGAAGAAGGAGCUGUGACACUGGAUCAACACUGUGGAAAGCACGACAGUGACAGAAGGAAACCAGCAAUAAACUUUUAUCUAAGAUUUUCUCAGGGAGAGAGUUUCUAUUGCCUGCACGGACUUGUGUCCAUUACCUCCUUUUAUAGAUGUUUUGAAUUGUAGACUAUUAGACAAAGUGAAGUGGACAGUUAAUGUCUUUCCUAUUAAGCUAAUUAUUUAUGUUUUGCUAAUACUGUAUAAUGUGUUUAUCUUGUGAUAGACUGGAAACACUGUUUUGUGGGUUUAUUAAUCAAAAUAACUCUUGAAGAAGUUUUGUGUUAAAACCAAAUUAUGUUUUCUCGCACUGAUUAUGGGUAAAAGAAAGACUGUGUCAAUGCAACUUUUAAACUCUACAC